UAUUUUUUUUUAAUUAUCCGGGUCGGUUUUGUGGGGACAUAUAUAAAGUAUCUAUAGAUAUAUAUAUAUAUAGUGAUGUCUGGGACCGACAAUAAAGGACAACAACCGCUGCCAACGAUAGUCGUCGGAUGCAAUGAUAAUAAUGAUAAGGAGGAGGAGGAGGAGGAUGAGGACCAUCAUCACAGUAACGGAUCAAUUGUCGACUGUUGUAAAUCUAUUCACUUGCCAUUACUUACUGAUAUGUAUCAGAUAACCAUGGCUUACGCCUACUGGAAGUCACCAGAAAAACGCAAUCAAUUGGCCGUAUUUGACAUGUUUUUCCGUAAGAAUCCGUUUGGCGGCGAGUUUACCAUAUUUAGCGGUUUGGAUGAAGUAAUCAAAUUUUUGCAAGGAUUCCGAUUUACCACCGAUGAUAUCAAAUAUUUGCGUCAAAUACUACCCGAUUAUGUUGAGGACGAAUUUUUCCAGUAUUUAUCCCAACUAUCGGCCAAAGAUAUUCGAUUGUAUGCCAUACGGGAGGGUUCGGUAGUGUUUCCCAAAGUACCGCUUAUGCGUGUCGAGGGCCCCUUACCCGUGGCCCAACUAUUGGAAACAACAUUGCUGACCCUGGUCAAUUUUGCCAGUUUGAUAACAACAAACGCUGCCCGCUAUAAGAUAGCGUUGGACGGCCGGGAUAUUAGGCUAUACGAGUUUGGACUCAGGAGGGCUCAGGGAAUCGAUGGCGGACUUUCAGCCUCCAAAUAUGCCUAUAUGGGCGGCUUCGACGGUACCAGUAAUGUAUUGGCCGGCAAAAUGUAUGGCAUACCCCUCAAGGGUACUCACGCCCACUCGUUUGUCAUGUCCUAUUCAUCGCUGGACGAGCUCAACACACGAUAUUUAUUAGACAAGACUACCGGCCAGUCAGUCGACUUUGUCUCCGUAUGUCUUAAAUACCAGAACGAGUUGUCUCAGCUGUUGGAUGUACUUCAGUCGGAGAUCAGUUCAAGCGAAUUGACGGCAUUCAUUGCUUAUGCCAUUUCAUUUCCCGACCAAUUCCUGGCACUGGUCGACACAUAUGAUAUGAUCAGGAGUGGACUAUUAAAUUUCAGUUCGGUAGCCCUGGCACUCAACCAACUGGGCUAUCGGGCACUGGGCAUACGUAUUGAUAGCGGCGAUCUGGCCUAUCAGUCGGUAAUGGCCUACAAAGCGUUCAAAUUGAUUGGCCAGACGUAUUCAAUCGAUUGGUUCGGCAAACUGGCAAUAGUGGCCAGCAAUGACAUCAACGAAGAUACUAUUAUAUCGCUGAAAGAACAGAAACAUCGGAUCAAUGCGUUCGGUAUUGGGACACAUUUGGUCACUUGUCAGCGACAACCGGCACUGGGAUGUGUCUAUAAGUUAGUCGAAAUCAAUAGUCAUCCGUGCAUUAAGAUCAGUCUGGAUGUCCAGAAGGUGACAGUUCCCGGCCGUAAACGAUUGUAUCGAUUGUACGGUAAGGAAGGUUUUGCAUUGAUAGAUCUGAUGCAAAACGAUUCGGUGGACGAACCGGAACCGUUGCCGCUGACAAAAGUCUUGUGUCGGCAUCCGUUUCAAGAAUCGAAACGAUGUUACGCUACGCCAUCCAAAGUGGAACCGCUUCUGGAGAUUUGGUGGCAAAACGGAAAAAUCCAGAAACCGAUGCCAACGUUGGACGCCAUACGCAAUCAUGUCCAGCAAUCGCUGGACGCCUUACGGCCCGAUAUCAAACGUUACUUGAAUCCCACUCCCUAUAAGGUAUCCGUUACCGACAAUUUGUAUCAGUUUAUGCACAACCUAUGGCUGGAAAAUGCACCGGUAGGUGAACUUAAUUAGGUGGUAGUGGUUGGUAGUGAUGAUGAUAGUGGACACAGAACCUGAACUGAUUGACCAAAUAAAAGCAACAAAAAAAAUAGAUUAAUUAUAUA